UUGAACCAAAUUCCAAUCAUUUCAUUAACAUGAAUGGAACAACAUUGACCCCACGUGAAGACACAAACUCUACCACCGCCAUCUCCGACUCUAUACCGUCGUCUCCUGCCGGAUUAAUUCAAUUUUUUUAAAGAAAAUUUGAGCUGAAUUCUCCUAAAGAUGAUGGAGCGAGGAGCAUUGUUAGGUUCCGCUUCUUCUUCAAACUUGUACGUUCCUUUCCAAUUUCGCCAAACAAGAAGCGAACCUUCGUCUUUCAGACCGAACAAUAAUAAGCUGAACCCCUACCCGGUUUUUAUCUCUCCAUGGUUUAGACCGGUUGCUUCUGUAUCUUCUCUGUCAACGAAAUGCAAUAUGUACGACUACGCGACGAGGGCAGGCGGUGAUGUGGAGGCUGAGCAUCCAGUUGACGACAAAGAGUUUGUGCGUUGGUUCCGUGAAGCUUGGCCUUAUCUAUGGGCCCACCGUGGCUGCACCUUCGUCGUUGUUAUCUCCGGCGAGAUCAUUUCCGGCCCUUACUGUGAUCCCAUUUUAAAGGACAUUGCGUUUCUUCAUCAUCUGGGAAUAAGAUUUGUGCUAGUUCCUGGAACCCAAGAGCAAAUUGACCAGCUUUUGUCUGAGAGAGGACGCGAGGCUACAUAUGUGGGACGUUACAGAGUAACUGAUGAAGCAUCUUUGCAGGCUGCUAAGGAAGCUGCUGGAGCAAUAUCAGUGAUGCUUGAGGCCAAACUAUCUCCUGGACCUUCUAUUUGCAAUAUCCGUAGGCAUGGUGAUAGUAGUCGUUUGCAUGAUAUUGGUGUCAGGGUUGAUACUGGUAACUUUUUUGCUGCAAAAAGAAGAGGUGUUGUUGAUGGUGUUGAUUUUGGAGCGACAGGGGAAGUGAAGAAGAUCGAUGUAGAUCGGAUUUGUGAGAGGCUUGAUGGUGGUUCUGUAGUCUUGUUGAGGAACUUGGGCCACUCAAGCUCUGGAGAAGUUUUGAAUUGCAAUACCUAUGAGGUUGCUACAGCUUGUGCAUUAGCUAUAGGAGCAGAUAAGCUUAUCUGCAUUAUGGACGGUCCAAUUCUUGAUGAGAGUGGGCAUCUGAUUAGUUUCUUGACACUCCAAGAAGCAGAUAUGUUAGUGAGAAAACGGGCACAACAAAGCGACAUUGCUGCUAAUUAUGUAAAAGCUGUUGGAGAUGGAAGUAUCACUUAUCACAACGAACCUCCUAACAACAACAACAACACCAACGGCAAGGAUACUUAUCCUUCUCAUAACGGGAGACCACCAUUUUGGGGAAACGGAAACCACACUCGAAUCUUUCAGAACGGUGUUGGAUUUGAGAAUGGGAACGGAUUAUGGUCCGGUGAGCAAGGUUUUGCUAUCGGUGGUGAGGAGAGACUAAGCCGUUUAAACGGUUAUCUUUCUGAGUUGGCUGCUGCUGCGUUUGUCUGCAGAGGUGGAGUCAAAAGAGUACACUUGUUGGAUGGUACUAUAAGUGGCGUUCUGUUGUUGGAACUUUUCAAAAGAGAUGGAAUGGGGACUAUGGUUGCUAGUGAUGUGUACGAAGGAACCAGAGAUGCCAAAGUGGAUGAUCUUGCGGGCAUUAGACAUAUCAUCAAACCCUUGGAGGAAUCUGGGAUUCUGGUUCGCAGAACCGAUGAGGAGUUACUGCGAGCUUUGGAGUCGUUCGUGGUUGUGGAAAGAGAAGGUCAGAUCAUCGCCUGUGCAGCUCUGUUUCCCUUCUUUGAAGACAAAUGCGGAGAAGUAGCAGCCAUUGCAGUUGCAUCAGAUUGCCGCGGUCAAGGCCAAGGCGAUAAACUGCUAGAUUACAUAGAGAAAAAAGCUUCAUCACUCGGGUUAGAGAAGCUGUUUCUACUAACAACACGAACAGCAGAUUGGUUUGUGAGACGCGGGUUUCAAGAAUGUUCAAUCGAGGUGAUACCAGAGAAGAGAAGACAGAGAAUUAACCUCUCUAGAAAAUCCAAGUACUACAUGAAAAAGUUACUACCUGACCGGAGUGGCAUUUCAGUGCUGAGAAUAUAAAACAGCAAGAAAGCAAACUCUGAGCAAUAUUGUAAUAAUAUUUCCAUAUUGUUUGAUUCCGGAUUUGUGACUUUAAAUUCAUUCCAAAACAACAGUAGCACCAACCGCUUUGAGUU